CAGCUCCGUUAGCAAAAAGUGCCAGAAAGGAAAAAGAAAACCGAGCGGAUCUAGGGAACCAGUGGUGCCUGCCACCACCUAGUCCCCGCAGCUCCCUACACUGUCGGAGAGGUCCUGCUUUUCAACCCCCAACGUCAGUGUCAGGGUCUUCUGCUCUUCCUCUGCAGGCGGUCUGGCCCCGGGGGGGCUCACCACUCAUCUCACCUCUCCCUGUGACCUCAACAGCACUGCUACUUUGUCCUUUCAUCUUGGGAAGAGAGAACAAAGCAGAUGCAUCGCACACAGACACCAUGGAGGUGGUGCUGAUCUUUCUCUGCAGCCUGCUGGCUCCCACCGCCCUGGCCAGUGCAGCUGAGCAGGAGAAAGAAAAGGACCCUUUUCAUUAUGACUACCAGACGCUGAGGAUUGGGGGACUGGUGUUUGCCGUGGUGCUCUUCUCGGUGGGGAUUGUCCUGAUCCUGAGUCGCAGGUGCAAGUGCAGCUUCAAUCAGAAGCCCCGGGCUCCGGGGGAUGAGGAGGCCCAGGUGGAGAACCUCAUCACUGCAAAUGCAACGGAGCCCCAGAAAGCAGAGAACUGAAGUGUAGCCCUCAGGUGGGAGCCUCCAGAACCUGAAGGGAGCUGCUCAAACCUUUAGAUGGAAAUGUUGAUGCUUAAGAACGCGGGCCACUUCGGCAGCACAUCUUUCCCCAGGAGAAGCCAAGAACAUGUGUGUCCCCUGCUCCCUCCCUGUCCCCGGAACACGGUCCACAACUUACUGAUGCAACUAACACCUGCCUCCCUGCCCCCAGCCUGCGGUCUCGUUCACCUCCUGUGCCGUGUCUGUGUGUGUUUGACGACUGUGGUCUCUGUGGCUGCUUGUUUGUGGGUGAUGUUGUACUUUAGUGACCCCGGACUCACUUUCCCCGGCAGGGGCUGAGUCAUGGCAUCAUUGGCCCCUCCUUGCUCCCCUGUGGCCCCCCCAUCAUCUCCCACUCCCGGGAGUCUGCUUUUUCCCUUGAGAGACCAGUCCCUUCUCUUGAUUGAGGGGUGGGUGUAGGUGGGGGUGGGGGCACGGGUGGGGGUCUCCCGUUGUCUCGGGACUUGGGAAGGUUUACAUCACCUUUGUGCUCAUUCAUGGCCUCUCUUCACUUCCUUCACAAGAGCCUGGCUUCUGUAUUCUAGCCCUGACCCAGGUCUGAUCUGGGGUCUCUUGGCAAUGGGAGGUUCACAGCAAGCAGCUGGUGAGCCCAGCUUUGCCUCCAGGCAGGCUCUGUCCCGUCCAUGGCCGUUUCCUCUUGGGGCUUCCAGCACGGAGUCCUCAUCUGCCCCGCACCAUGGCAGAGCAGCCCGGGAUUCCGGGCCCGGGGCUUCUACUCUGCCCCUUGGGGAAUGUGCCCCUUGCAUAUCUUCUCAGCAAUAACCCCAUGGGCUCUGGAACCCUGCUCCUCUGCCCCUUCUUCCCUGCUUCUGAAACUCCCAGCUACAGCCCAGCUCAUCUGGACUCAGACUCCUGUCCCUGAAUGAGGUCUCUGGGAGGCGAGGGCUGAGGGGACCCAUUCGGUUGGGGCCAGCACUGUGGGGAGGGGCAGCCGGGGGCACAGGGCUCCUUUGCUUCUCUGCCCCCGUGCCCUUGGUCAGGCAGCAGUGAUGGCUCCCACACCCUUCGCUCUGCCUGUCGCUGGUUAGACGGCAGGUGCAGCAGCUGGCUGUGGGUUAGAGACCGGGCAGGUGCACACAGCCCUUUGCGGAGGGAACAGCAAGAGGUCAAAGGUCAUAAAGAAUGGAGAGUCCAGCCAGACCCCACCUGUCCCAUCCAUCGUGUUCUUGUGGAAACUACAAACCGCGCCGCUGUGACUGGGACUGCUGUUCUCCGUGUUGUGAUCUAUCCUCUAACAGCAAAAGGAAUAAAACACCAUUUGUUUCCUA